AUGGCGCUCGUGCAUCCAAGGUCUCUCGAAAUCAAUCUUCAAGCCUCGACGCCCUAUCUGGCCGCCUUCAAUGUCCACACUCUGCAGCAAUCAGGACAACAAGCUGCUCUUGCGCGCACACUGGACUCGCUUGGCAUUGAUGCGUGCUGGUGUGUCAGAAAGGGAAUUCAAGAUGCAAGCACAGUGAUUGAGCUAACCGGUCCGUCGGUCUCUACUCGCUUUCAGCUGCGCAUCUCUGGGGAUUCAAAGGCUGCUGCAGCGGGAUGUGCAGGGAUUGGUGUUGUGGUUGGUAUUGGGCGAGAUGGACCAACCUCGACGCCCUAUCUGGCCGCCUUCAAUGUCCACACUCUGCAGCAAUCAGGACAACAAGCUGCUCUUGCACGCACACUGGACUCGCUUGGCAUUGAUGCGUGCUGUGUGUCAGAAAAGGGAAUUCAAGAUGCAAGCACAGUGAUUGAGCUAACCGGUCCGUCGGUCUCUACUCGCUUUCAGCUGCGCAUCUCUGGUGAUCCAGAGGCUGCUGCAGCGGGAUGUGCAGGGAUUGGUGUUGUGGUUGGUAUUGGGCGAGAUGGACCAACCCUCGUGCCUCCUUCGUGUGGCUUGGCAGCUAAGCACCAAAAGGAUGCUGCGGCUGAACGAUCAUUUAUUAUUGUCCUAAUUCACCGGGCGGAAGUAUCGUUGCUUUACUGGAUACCUAUUGAUAGUCACCUCUGCGCGGUUCGUCUGGCAACGUCUGUGAAGGAAUAUCACAGGCGGGAAGCUGAUUGCUGUCUGUUCGUCGUGUCCGCUUACGUCCCAACUGACUGUAACUCCGACGCCGUCAAGGACAGGUUUUACGACGCCCUGAAUGCCUUUCUGCGGCGAGCUAGGAGCUCAGAUGUCGUGGUGGUUGCCGGAGAUAAGAAAGCAAAAGUGGGCAGGCUUAUCGCAUCUGAGAUUCACUUAGAAGGUCGAUAUGGAUUGGACUCGGUACGUACAGACAAUGCCGCCGCUGAACAUAACUUGAUGCGACGAAUUAUCAGACGUCAAGUGAAGAGGAGCGUGCAAGCUGACGGUGGAUUGUGGUGCACACAGAACGCCAAGGAACUGGAAGAGGCCCAGAAAGCCGGUAAUGCUCGAAGAGUAUUUCAGUUGGUCUGUGUGACCCGUCCCCGGAAACCACCUGUGAGCGGAACCAUCAAGCAUCAGAAUGGAACUACCAUCUCGAAUAAGAACGCCUCGACCGGGGGAUUGAAUACUUCGAAUAAAAAAUUGUGGGUACCAGCUGACGCUCAUCUAGAGUCCACAGGUGAAGUAGCACCCUGGACGAUGAACGCGGAACCACCUACGGCCUCGGAGGUUUACGACUGCAUAUGUUCUCUCAAGCGCCAUCGAGCUCCUGGUCCGGAUGACUUCCCACCCGCAUUGUUCAAAGACGGAUCAAAUCCUCAGUCAAGUCUCCAGAACCCUGGUGUUCAAGUAGCCUGUGAAGAAAACCUUGUUGAUUUGGAAUAUGCAGACGACAUCGCUCUCAUGUUCGAAGGGGAGGAGAAGGCGCAAAUGCCAGCUCCAAAACGGCUACGGGAGCUCGUACGGGACAUACGAUCAGCCAGAACAGCGGCUGAGGAGCGUGCCAUUGUUAAUCGAGAAUGUGCUCUUAUACGAGAUAGUUUUCGGGAGGAGAACAAUGUCUACCGUUGUCGGAACGUCGCCAAGCUGUUAUACAUUCACAUGCUUGGUUACCCAGCUCAUUUUGGCCAGUUGGAAUGUCUCAAGUUAAUCGCCUCGCCACGCUUCACCGACAAACGUGUGGGCUAUCUCGGUGCUAUGUUGCUUCUAGAUGAACGAACAGAUGUACAUUUGCUGGUUACGAAUUCUCUGAAAAAGCCAGCUACAGUUUCGAAUUUCCAUUUCCCCUUUCCACAGAUCUCACGCAUUUUCCUUCCCUUUUUUCUUCCAAGUGAUCUCAAUCACCCGACAACCUACGUUGUCAGUUUGGCACUGUGUACGCUGGGCAGCAUUUGUUCGGCCGAAAUGAGCCGCGAUCUUGCUGGAGAAGUCGAGAGGCUCACCAAGUCGUCAAAUUCGUACCUGAAGAAAAAGGCCGCUCUCUGUGCAUUCCAAAUUAUCCGCAAAGUUCCUGACCUUAUGGAGAUGUUCAUUCCAUGCACACGCUCGUUAUUGAACGAUAAAAACCACGGAGUCAUUCUGGCAUCGGUCUGUUUAAUCCAGGAAAUGUGUGAACGCAGUCCGGACACAUUGAUCUACUUUCGUAAACAGUUGGUUCCUAUGCUGGUUCGAACUUUGAAGAAUCUCAUCAUGACCGGUUACUCACCUGAUCACGAUGUGAACAAAAUUAGUGACCCUUUUCUGCAGGUCAAGAUUCUUCGCCUCAUGCGCGUUCUGGGCCAUGGAGACAAGGCAGCCAGCGAAGCGAUGAAUGACAUCCUUGCUCAGGUCGCCACAAAUACGGAGACCAGCAAAAAUGUGGGACAUGCCAUCCUUUACGAAAUCGUUUUGACUAUUAUGGGAAUCGAAUCUGACCCUGGCCUACGGGUCCUCGCGGUGAAUAUUCUCGGUCGUUUUCUGUUAAAUCCGGACAAGGAUAUCCGCUACGUUGCUUUGAACACAUUGCUACGCGUCGUUCAUGCUGAUUGUAAACCGGUACAACGGCAUCGCACAACCAUCAUAGACUGUCUGAAAGAUCCAGAUGUCUCCAUUCAAAGACGCGCGAUCGACUUGUGCUUCGCACUGAUCGAUGGUACCAACGUUCGUCUAAUGGUAAAGGAGCUCCUUCUGUUCUUGGAGAGAUGUGAUGCCGAAUUCAAGGGCGACGUGUGUUCCAAUCUGGUUUUAGCUGCAGAAAAAUAUGCACCGACCAAGCGUUGGCAUAUCGACUCGAUGUUGAGCCUACUGAGCACGGCUGGAAACUACGCGCGUGACGACGUCGUGUCCUCGCUGGUUGCGCUAAUUUCACAAACACCAGAUCUGCAUGCGUACGCAACUUUCCACUUAUUCAACGCACUACGUUCGACAAUGACUCAACAGCCGCUUGUACAGGUUGCUUCUUGGACUAUAGGAGAGUAUGGGGAUCUCUUGUUGUCCGGCUGUGAUAACGGGGACAGCCAGAUAGCGCCGGUAGCAGAAACAGAGGUGAUCGAGGUGUUGCGACAAGCCCUUGUCCAUCCAAUGUCUACGGUUCAAACAAAGGAAAUGGUGCUCAACGCUCUGGUGAAAUUGACCACGAGAUUUUCCACUUCCUGGCUGCCUCAACUCAACGAGGCCAUUUCCUACUAUUCGACUAAUCCCCAGUUGGAAUUGCAGCAGCGCUCGGUUGAGUACAAUAAGAUCUGUGCUCAACCCAGCCAAAUCCGCUCCGGACUCUUAGACUACAUGCCUAUGAUGCCCGCUCGUACGAUUUUGGAAACCACUGAGCCAAACAAUCAACGGAAUCCAGCUGAAUCAAAUGACUCAAGCCCCAGGAAACUCUCCAAUGGCACCCUAAACAACGGUGCCCCUCAGUCGUUGACAAUUCUCGACUUACUAGGGCCGGAAACGGUGACACCCGGCACAACAAACCCUCCAGUCAACAGUGAAACGGCAAACAGUACUGGCGAUUCUUCUAAUCUGCUUGAUCUCCUGGACAUAUUUGCACCGAGUACAGACAAUAAGACUUCUGCUGUUGCAGCACCCUCCACUGGCUGGGGAUUACCUGUCACCAACGGUGUGACCUCCGCCUCCACGCAAUUGACCAAUCAGCAAACUUUGGAUGGUUUGUUCGAUAUAAGCAAUGAGCUCUCUGCCCUGGGUUUGAGUGGCCCUCAAACAUCAGCGAAGUCUAUACCACCUUUGACGGUGUGCGACACCAAUGGACUCAGGGUUCUGUUCAAUUUUGACCAGCCACAGUCAAGUCCCGACGGAACGCAACGGCAGCUAACAAUCCGCCUGGUGGCGACAAAUACUGGUCCCGAUCCUAUCGAAGCUUUCGAAUUUCAAGCUGCAGUACCGAAAUCUUGCCAAAUCCAACUUCUACCUCCGUCAUCCAGUAGCAUUCAGUCUGGUCUGACUGCCCCACCGCUAACGCAGCUGCUAAAGCUCUCAUUGCCAAUGAAGGUGGCUCCUCGUAUGAGAGUUCGGCUACAGUAUACGAAAAGAGGGAUCCCAACGACGGAGCAACUUCAGUUGGAUCAGUUUCCGACGAUCUUGUGGCAAUGAGCUUGUAUACACACUCUUGUUUGUGCAUUGUGAACAUCUCAUUCCUGCACAAUGCGUGCUCGGAUAUUCCCAGUGUAUCAUUGUUUGAACGCGUUGCUGUCCUACGUGACUUAUCUGACCGUUUCUCUCCAGUUCUUCGACCAAGACCCUAUCUUCAUAUCAUCGCCUUUGAAGUGUGUUUAGGUGAUACGUUACAGGAACACAGUUUUCUUGCUUACAACAAUCUACUGACUUCUCUGCCAAACUACUUUCGCCCUCCCGCGCCGUACAUUUUGUCCAGCGGUUUGUCCUAUUACUACGUUCGACUUCGAAAUUGACUGAUACAACAACAUAAAUGUUGUCCACCACCAGGCGUUCUCUGUAACUCCAGCUACUCAGUUGUCCUCGUAAUGCAAUGAAAGCUGCGCCGCUGCCGUCACUGGAUUGCCGCACUACUUGACAUCACACUGAUGGUUGUUCGUGAUGGAUUGGAAGCCUUUUGGGUGCUACUUACUUACCCUUGUCUUCAGAAGUUCAGAACUCUUCCUAUGAUCUUCACCUCUUAAUGCGGCCCCUUGGGCAACCAAGUGCGCGCAUAGACUUUGUUCCAUUCAGUUUACCAAGUGUUUUUACUUUCUCCCCCGUCCAAUUUUCGUUCCUUAAUUCCCACCAACCAACCAGGCUGUGCUUUGAUAGCUGUGGCAGUCAACAAUUGCCGCAUAUUUUUUCUUAAGUGGAAAACAUCAUCAUUAUACCUUUGGUAUUUUGUCCCACUGAUCGUUGUUGGUCUUUCGUAAUCUUCACACAAGUCUCUCCCGCUCUACUCACCUGCAGUUCAACCGUACAAAAUAAACAAUAAACUUUCAAGACGCGGA